AAGGCGGGAUGAUCUGAAAGGUCGGAUUUCCUCUGAGUUCAGGGCGGAUGAUAGUUUUAUAACCUACUCAUUUAAUUUACAUAAAGUGUUUUGCUUCUGCGCGUUAUUGUUUUCAAGGAUUUUUUUUAACAAAAACAGCUUGAUAACGUUCACUUGAAUGUUUUCCGUGGCUUAAGCAAACACCCUUCAUCACUCUUGUGUACCACGGAUAAUCCAGUGAGAGGAGAGCUAUCUGCCAUGGAGCACGUGUACAGGCUGCAGCGGGAAGUGGGUCGAGGCAGCUAUGGUGUGGUAUUUGAGGGUCAUGUGUUGGAGACAGGCUGGUGGGGCCACAGAGGAGACACGGUGGCCAUCAAGCGUCUGCCCUGCUGCAGCCCAGAAAGCAUCGAGCUCUACUUGCAGGAGCUUUGGGCCAUGAGAGCCACUGCCAGGAAUCACCCGAACGUCAUCGCCCUCCACAACUGCCUGAUGCAGACCGGUCCGAAAACGCUGCAACCGCUGAAAUCGGACAAGCUGCCGCUGGACCUCGUGGAGAGUGCCCUCAAAGGAAGGGUAGUGGACAAGGACUCUAAAUGUGAAGCGAGAAAUGCAGACAGGUUGAGAAGGAAACUGGCGUCCACAGGGAAGAUGCCAAAACGGUGCUUGGCUCUAUGGUUGGUGAUGGAGUAUUGCGAUGGUGGAGAUCUGAACCAGUACAUGCUGUCUAGGCGUCCGGACAUCCAGAGGAAUCACAGUGUGGUUCGGCAGCUCAGUAGCGCCAUGACUUUCCUGCAUGGAUUGGGGAUAGUGCACCGAGAUCUGAAACCAGCCAAUGUCCUCGUCUGCCUAACUGAAACUGGCCCAGUGAUCAAGGUGGCCGACUUUGGGCUGAGCAAGAUGGUAGAAGGCCCCAUGGAAGGAGAGCGGAGCAGACUGGCCCUCUCCUCUACGUGCGGAUCAGACUUCUACAUGGCCCCUGAGGUAUGGGCUGGAUACAGCUACACAGCCCAAGCAGACAUUUUCUCUCUAGGUGUCCUCUUCUGGGCCGUGCUGGAGAGGCUCACCUUCCUGGAGGAUGGCUCCAAUGAGGAGCAGCUGGGAGCGUAUGUGGAGAAGGGCCGAUGGCUCACACCGCUUGGAGAGGCUUUAUGUCAGAAUCCAGCUCUGCAGUUGGUAAUCCCCAUGCGGGGACGACGGGCACCGCCAUUGCCUCCGUCUCCGAGCCCUGACUUGUGUGCCCUGCUUUUAGACAUGCUGGCGUUUGACCCUGAUGCUCGUCCCACCGCACUACAGCUGCAGGAGCGAGUUUAUAGGGCCAUAGAUGCUCGCUGAUCUCCAAACUCUUAUUUCUUCCCUUGGAUGCAAUUUGACUGCCUCCUCCUUCUGUCCAUUUGGACAACUUUUAUAAUUAACCUACUGCUCAGUAUAGAUUAUGAGCUUACAGAGAAUGUACAAGAGACCACUGUCAAAAUGUACCGAUCAGCAGAGGGGUACAAAAGAAUUUCCAGAACAUUAGAUGUACCAUGGAACACCGUGAAGGCCAUCAUGAACAAGUGGAGAAAACUUGAAAGUGGACACCACAGCAACGUCACCAAAAACGGUACAUCCCUUUUGAAUUGAAGACACAAACCUGUUGGGGAGGUUGCCAAGAGACAUCCAGUAACCUAAAAGGAGCUGCAGGAAUAUCUGCAGUUACAGCGCACUCCCUGCAUGUGACAACAACCUCUUGUAUUCUUCACGUCUCGGCUGUGUGGUAGGGUGGCAAGAUGGAAGCCCUUUCUCACAAAAACAUCCAAGCUUAAAUCACCCCAAAAUGUGGUAAGCUUGGGCUCAUCCACAGACCAUAUGUUAUGGGUAUAAUUCAAAAAGAUAUGUUUGGUGUAAAAACAAGUCAGUUGAUCACCCAAAGAACACCAUACACAUGGUGAAGCAUGGUGGUGGCAGGCAGGGGCUUCAAAGUUUGGGAGAAUAGCAGGGUACAAAUAAUUUACAGCAGGGUGCAAAAUGGUAAAAUGUCUGCCAGUGGCAGACAUAAUGCACGCAAAGCGUGCAGGGGGGGUUUCAAAGGGGGGUGCGCCCCCCUUUGGGCACGGAAAAUUUUAUGAAAUGCACUGAGAAAUGGUGGCCUCUGGUAACUUUUAACAGUGAAAAUAAAGGGUAAUCAAUACUAUUUGGAAACUUGAAAUAUGAAACCAUACCUCAGUCAUUUUAUCAAAUUUCAGAAAUAUUUGCAAACAAACACAUAAAAAGUAGUCCGAUUGAAAUCCACAUAUGGAUGAUAUAAUAAUUUUAAGUCUGAUGUGCACUUUGACUAAGCUAAGGUGACAAGUUUCUCCAGAUUCUCUAAUACUAUUGAAUAAUAUGGUGAAAUCUUGAAUACAGAUGAAGAACAAAACUUCAAUUAUAAUCAAUGUUUAUUUUUUGGCAGUCAAUAAACUGUUACAUAAAAUGCAGCUACAUGUACUUCAUCAGCUGACUUCAUCGUUAUUAAAAAACAGCAGCUAGCAGCACUCGUUGACAGUCUCAGCAUUUCUAUUGAAAAUAACUUUUAUCCAAAUCUCAUCAACCUAAUCAUGUAGGGGUCUACUGAAUAGAAAUUAUAUAAAUCUAGUUAUUUAGUGCAGGUUAGGCACAACAUAUGAGUGUGUGUGUAUUUUAUAUAUAUAAUAUAUAUGAGAGAGAGAUGCAAGUACAAAUUUUUCAUGGGGCGGGAUGGUUUGGAACAGGUCAUCUAAAAUUGGGAUAACAUUUACCCGGGACGGGUAUUUUGAGGCGGGUCGUCUAGCUUAAGCUUGAUUAGCGUUGUUACGCACGCAGUUUGUUUUUUCGAGCAGCUGUCAAACGCAGAGUCAACUUUACGAUCUGCGAUUAUAAUGUCUUAAGCAAGGCUGAGAAACGGUGGACUAAGACGUAUUUAUUUUUCUAUAUCAACACAAUGACAGAAUAAAUUUGCGUUCAAAACGUACUUACCUUUCCCUCUAGACCUUUUUAGCCACGCAUCCAGCAUGGAGCCGCUUGCAACUCUCUUCGUCGCCAUUUGUGAGUCUCAUGAUGGUAUGAACCAUUCACAGUCCAUGGAACACUCUAAGCCAAUCAGAGUACAGCUUAGAUAUGGCACAAGGGGCAGUAAUGGCUGCACUCAUGUCGAGGAUGUAAACAAAGUUGACGCGGCAACGGACAUACAUGACAUAGUGGAUGUAAUUUACGUUCACAACUUUUUUUCCGUCAGAAAUAUCUCAUAUUAUCUCUAGCCGCUUUAUCCUUCUACAGGGUCGCAGGCAAGCUGGAGCCUAUCCCAGCUGACUACGGGCGAAAGGCGGGGUACACCCUGGACAAGUCGCCAGGUCAUCACAGGGCUGACACAUAGACACAGACAACCAUUCACACUCACACCUACGCUCAAUUUAGAGUCACCAGUUAACCUAACCUGCAUGUCUUUGGACUGUGGGGGAAACCGGAGCACCCGGAGGAAACCCUUGCUGUGAGGCAACAGCGCUAACCACUACACCACCGUGCCGCCGCCGUCAGAAAUAUUUAAUAUUAAAUUUUGUGACUCGACUGACAACAGCCGGCGGCAUAACAAGCCACAGACGGCGAUUUGCCGCCAGUGACCAGCUACUUUUGAGACCGCAGGGCAGGAUCAUAUUAUAGGGCUGCUUCUCUUCACCUUUGACUGGGGCUCUAAUCAAGAUGGAGUAAAAUACAGAUCUGUAUUUCGUUAUACAGGUGAAGAUGAAGAAAGUCUCACCUUCCAGCAUGAUAACGACCCAAAGCAAAGUCGAUAAAUGAGAGGAAGAACAUCGUUUAGGAAUAGUUCCAGUCAGAGCCCAGAUUGAAAUCCUAUUGAAAAAGUGGAAUAAUUUGAAAAGGGUUGUGCACAGGAGAUUCCCUUCACAGUUUGAUAGAUCUGGAGCAUCGGUACAGUUACCCAAAAAGACUGGGUGCAAACAAAAAAGCAUUUAACAGGGUGUGUACACUUAUGCAACAAGGUUAUUGUAACUUUUUUUUCUUCUAAACAUGUCUGUUUUUCACUUGUUACUUACUGUAUCACAUUAAAGGUUGAAAAGAUA